GUAGGGCGAGUCAUAUGACCCGCUGGGUUUCCUGGCUCUGGCCGUCGCUGCCUUCCGCCUGUGUCCGCCCGAGUCGCGCCGGGGGGCCCGCCGAGGAGCCGUUAGUGGCUUCGGGGCCGAUUGCCGCUCGUGGGAAGCAGUGACCGCCUUCGUCCGCACCCGUCCGCGCUCGCUCCCGGCCGCCGCCAUGCUGGCGCUCAUCUCCCGCCUGCUGGACUGGUUCCGCUCGCUCUUCUGGAAGGAGGAGAUGGAACUGACCCUCGUGGGGCUGCAGUAUUCGGGCAAGACCACUUUCGUCAAUGUCAUCGCGUCAGGUCAAUUCAGUGAAGAUAUGAUACCCACGGUGGGCUUCAACAUGAGGAAGGUAACUAAAGGUAACGUCACAAUAAAGAUCUGGGACAUAGGAGGACAACCCCGGUUCCGGAGCAUGUGGGAGCGGUAUUGCAGAGGAGUCAAUGCUAUUGUUUACAUGAUAGAUGCUGCAGAUCGUGAAAAGAUAGAAGCCUCUCGAAAUGAGCUCCAUAAUCUUCUAGAUAAACCACAGUUACAAGGAAUUCCGGUACUAGUACUUGGAAACAAGAGAGAUCUUCCAAAUGCCUUGGAUGAAAAACAGCUAAUUGAAAAAAUGAACCUGUCUGCUAUUCAGGAUAGAGAAAUUUGCUGCUAUUCAAUUUCUUGCAAAGAAAAGGAUAAUAUAGAUAUCACACUUCAGUGGCUUAUUCAACACUCAAAAUCCCGAAGAAGCUGAGACAUCUGACGUCUUCCAGUCCUUCUUGGCUAUAAUCCUAGAACUACUGUCCGUUCCUCUGAAGUACUUCCCAGAACAUGGUCCUUCCUAAACCCAAGAAAUUGCCUUUCUCAGAGUUUAUUUCUCAUGUGCACUGCUGAAGAUGUAUAUUCCUAUCCUUCAUAACAAAUCAGCUGGAGUUGUCAUGAUAAAGUCAGCACACACUAAAAGGCUUCACACACUUGUCUAGUGUGUAGAGGCCUCUUUCCUUUCUUUCUUAAAAAAAAAAAAACCCACAUUUUUGACCAUCUUAAAUUAAGAAAAUUGCAUAUUACCAUUCUGGUCUUUCUGGGCCAGAUUUUUGUAUUGGUUUUCAGUAAAUGUCUACCUAUUUCGUUAUUGAGUCCAGUAGCUUAUACUGGUACUGACUUGAUACAGCAUGGAAUUGCUAGUGCCACACACAGUAUUUAGAAAAACUUCCAAGCCUGACUCAUGUGGGAUAUGAACAUGUAAUGUUUAUCCUAUCUCACAUAUGCAUGUGAAAUGUAGACUUACAACGUAGGAAUAAUUGGUCUGCCAAGAGUUAGCAGAGGCACCAGGUUAGCACAGUGAGACCCUUACACUGGAGACUUCCUACCUGGUAAAUUUAAACAUUCUGCUUUCUGAGACUCCUCUGUCAACCAGAUAGCAUUUGGGAAGAUGGGAAGAGUUACAGCAUGCUCUUUAGUAUCUGUCCAGAUCAUUAGUUUUUUUUCCCCUUUUAACACCGUUUUUUAAAGGGAUGGGAAUUGAAGAUUUUUUUCAAACGUUUUCAUGAAUUUAGAGCAUUCCAGCUAGUGUAAUAAAACCCGUUAAGAAUGUCUGACUUUGUGUGAACACACGUCUGUCCUUUGUCUCCAGUCACCCACCCUGUGCUUCUGCAUGACACCCUUAACUCCUGACUUUUUAUAUCUAGUCAUGAAGUUGACUUUCAGCACAAAGGAUACUUACAAAUUCUUAUUUUAUUCUUACCAUUGUAAGGUUUGGCACUCUUUUCACUGGUGCCACUAGACUUCUUGAUUGUGACAACUCUAGACCUGCCUGCUUAAUCUAAUCAUGCGCAACGUCUACAGGUUGUUUGAUCGGCCAUGGAGAGAACCGAGGAACCAAUACUGUUUAUUGUUUGCUUCUAUGAUACAGAGCUAUACAAAAACUUCGAACGAUCAUAUUUUAUAGCUUAGUGAUCUCCACGUACAUAAAGGGACAUAUUAAUACUGGUUCACCUGUAAAAUGUUACUCAUGCCGAUGUAGUGAUAAAACCUUGUGCUUACAUCUGCUUAUGUGUUGCCUCACACUGUGUGUGACUUGUCUCUUCUGUUAAGCAGCUCUUACGUCGACAGUACAUAUUCUGAUGUGUUGAGCACUCCAAGUGUAGUCAGCAGUAAGUUCUUUUAAUGAAUACUGUUUUCAUUUAUAGACUGCCAUGGCCUUAAAAAUAUUCUGUACAAAUAACUGCACUGUGUUGCACAGACACUACUUGUUUUCUCCAUUCACAUUUUUAAUGAGAAUCUGAGCUUUAAAAUUCUCUUUUCUUUAUGGAAGCAUGUUGCACUCUUCCCAGAGGAUGGGAUGGGUGGUUUGAAUGAAGGGUUAUUUAAACUUGCUCAUGUAGCCCAACACGAGUAAUGGUCACUGCGAACCAUUUCAAAGAAUGUGGCAACUUGCUUGUGCCUAAAAGGAGGAACUGGAACCAGAAUGUAUGACUAAGUGGGGACUGCAUAGGUUUUUGUUAAUUGACCUAUAGCUAAACCUUAAUGUGUUUGUGUGUCUUUUCAUUGCUUUCCAGCAUUUCAGGACAUCUAAAAGCUACUACCAACAUUUUCCUGUGCAUAACCUCUGCAUGUGAAAACUAACAGUUACUGAACUUUGUAAAUACGUAAAUUUUUUUAUUUAGGUCUGGAUGCAUUUUUUUGUCUGUUUACUGCUCUUCUCAGCUUUAUUCAAUAAACUUGCAUUUUGAGGGUUGCAUUGACAAUUGUACCUUAAAAUGUGCAUCGUGAUGAAAGGUACAGAUCUUUGGAAUGGAGUGGAAAGACAAUUACCUGAAAAGGGCUCCACCGACCAUGUGCUGGAAAGAAGCUAUCAUCUCAGCUGCAAAGGACUGGGUUAGUGGGAUGAACCAGGAAUAAAUUUCUACAAUAUCCACGAACUGAUACUAUGAUCCCCUCCUUUCUCUCUUGUUUGGAGAGGAGCUUUUAUUACUAAACUGCAGUGGCACUUAGUGUAUGGGCACUGAGAAUUGAGCCUCACCAUUGCUAGGCAGACACUCUGAUGCCACCGAGCCAAUACCCUCUCUGCUCUAUCCCCAAAUUUAGGUGGUAGGAACUAGUAAAGAAUUUUAUUGUCCAAUUUAUUUAAAAAAUGUAUACUGCCAGGAAGUAAACCUGGGCUCUUGCAUAUUCUAGGAAAGCCCUCCACCACUGAGCUACAUCCCAGCUUCUAAAAGAAAAAAAAAUCAAAGCCCUAAUUAAGAAACUGAAAUUCCAAGACAUGUCUACUUCAGAGUGCAUAUAUUUUCAUGCUUAAACAUGCAGGGACGGCUUAAUGUGUGAAACGUACUAAAUUAGAGCUGGGGUCCCUAGCAAUAGAUGUUAGACCUGUGUGGUAGCUUAUCUAAUCCCGUGACUGGAGAGGAGGGGAGCAUCAAUGUGUCCCACUGGACUAGCUGAGUCAGUGAGAUCUGGGUCUAUCUGAGAGACACUGCCUCAACGUAUAUGGUAGAAAAUGAUUGAGGAAGAUACCCAGCAUAAACCUUUGGGUUCCAAGUACACACAUCUCCACACCCCUGAACGUGGGACUGUACACAGACAUGCAAGCCAUACAUACACAUGAAGAAAUAAAAAUGUUGACUUUUCUAUAAAGUCCCAUUUUUAGAGCAAGGUAUUUGGCCCAUUUUGCUAAAAUGUUAUCAUUUGAACUGUAAAAUAUAUUGUUGUUUUUUUUUUUAAAUGAGAGCCAUUGUAGAAAUGGUUUUAGUUAAGUUAGGCAGACUUUCUCUGUAUAUACUGUCAUUCUGUAUUACUAAUUGGGUGUGUGAUUUGGCAUUUCUAUCACAAGGUUUUAUUUUGUGAAAUUGGUAGUAGCAAGUAAUGUUAAGUCUGAAUAGGGCUGGGGAGGACAUUCAAAGUACACAUUUAGCUUAGUUAAAAAAAUGGAGAAUUUAUUAGUGUCUUUGUUUAUUUUCAGACAAGGUUUUGCUUUGUAGCCCAGACUGGAGUCAAACUCAAGAUCCUCCUUCCUCACCUCUUGAGUGUUGGAAUGAUGGGUAUAUGGCUAAAAUAAGAGAUGUCUAUAAAAUUUAGUCUUCGACUAUGAUACAUAAAUUGGGUGUUUUGGACCAUGACUGCUUUAGUGUACUUUAUUUUUGGCUGAGAAAGUGAUUUCCUUUUGUAUCUACAGUUGAAUCAGGUUGAUUUGGUAAUUACAGCCUAUCAGAAAGUCUGGAGGGUGGAAACUUAAAUGAGGUAUAGAAGGUAUCAAUCUGUAAUAACAUCCUGUUGGCAAGUGCUUUACUUUGAAAAUAUGCCAUUGUGAGGAAACCAUCAUGUUCGUUGUUUAGAAUAUUUACGUUUUUGUGGAAAACUGAAUGUCCUUCCUCUAACAGUGCACCAUUGAGUCAGGAAACUUGGGAAAGAAAACAGUCAUGCAAAUAGUAGCUUCCUCUAAGUUUGCUGUUCCACAAGUUGGCAACCCACAGCAGGUGUUUCCUGUUAGUAAAUAACCUCUGCAGAUUUUUGUUUAAAAUUGAGCUAUUAAUAAAAGUGGUGUCCUUGUCA